ACGUGCGUCGGAUCGGGAUUUGUGUGGUGGGCUUGUUUACCGUGACGUCCCGGCCUCCGGGCAAAAUCCGCGUCCCGUCCCGUAUAUAUUACCGUGAUCCAUAGCUCGCACACUCGACGAUCACCGCGGUUCUUCCUCGCGUGUACGAGCGUAUAUCGACCGUCGCGAAGCGAGACGGACGUUCACGCGUUUUGUUAAAAACGCUCCCGUGAAUGGUCGUCCGGCGAGGACAGCCACUCUUGGACAUCGACGACCGCCGUUUCACCCGAGCUUCUGGCCUAUUUUCCGCGAUUUAAUGACGAGGCGAUAAGAGCAGAGGCGAGAGAGGCCUUCCACGGGCACGGCGUCGACGACUCCACGCCCCCGUCGGUAUCCUUUUUUUCUCGCCGAAGAUACGCGCGCAGAGAGCGCCUCAGUGAAAAUGGCAGAGGAAGGUGCGGGUGGAUCGGGAAACGGAAGCAGCGGCGAGACGAGCCGUCUGCAGCUUCUACAGGAGAUGCGACAGCAGAAUUUUGACACCAUACGAUUUGCAUCGUACCGCACCGCCUGCAAGCUGAGAUUUAUACAGAAGAAAGUGCAUCUACACAACGUUGAUAUAUGGAACGUGAUUGAAGCAUUUCGAGAGAACGGUCUGAACACGCUGGAACCAUCGAGCACCUUAGGAGUAUCCAGACUCGAAACACUACUGUCUUCCCUGUUUCAUGCGCUGAACAAGAGAGUACCAGUAUCGCAGCAGUCCAAAGUUGACGCUACUACGGCAUUGUUGAUGAACUGGCUGCUGGCUGCUUAUACCAGCGGAGAGAACAAUAAAAUAUCCGUGUUCUCAGUGAAGGUAGCCCUGGCAACAUUAUGCGCGGGAAAGCUCAUGGAUAAAUUUCGAUAUAUAUACUCACAAAUAUCUGAUAGCAAUGGACAUAUGAUACACUGGAGGUUCGCCGAUUAUCUGAAAGAAGUUCUAGCUUUAACCGCGGCAGUCUACGAAUCCCCGUCAUUUGGAUAUUCCGAUGGUCUUGCUAACUCUAUUUUUCCUGCGAACUCUAAAGUCACCGUAAACGACUUCUUGGAUACGCUUAUGUCAGAUCCUGGACCACACUGCUUAAUUUGGUUGCCGUUGUAUCACAGAAUGGCGACCGUAGAAACAGUUGCUCAUCCUAUUAUGUGCGACGCUUGUCACAAAGAAAACUUCACUGGGUUCCGCUACAGAUGUCAAAAGUGCCAUUCGUAUCAGUUAUGUCAAGACUGUUUCUGGCGUGGUAAAGUUUCAGGAACGCACAAUAAUGAUCAUGAAACGAGGGAGUAUAGCAGCUUUAAAUCACCAAGCAAACAGAUUGGUCACUCUCUGCGAAAGAGUUUCAGAUGUGUUCCUGAGAAGGGAAAGAACAGUCUACCACGAUUCCCGGAACAACCUGAGAAAACGCUAGAUCUGUCGCACAUAGUCCCACCGUCACCUUUACCAUCUCACAACGGUUUUCCAGAUCCAGGGUUUAUGGCUCCCUUUGAUUCAGGAUCGGUGGAUAGUCGUUCGACUCUGAGAAGUAUGGACAGUUCAAGACUGGACGAUGAACAUAAAUUAAUAGCACGAUAUGCACAAAGGUUGGCACAAGAAGCUAGGACUGUGCCUCGUACCGCAUCCAGAAUGUCCCAGGCAGAUCAAGCAGGUCGUGCACCGUCGGACGUAAACCUGGCAUCGUUAGAUGCGUCGCGGGCGCAACGUGAACUUAUAUCGCAAUUGGAAGCGAAGAACAAGGAGAUAAUGCGCGAGAUAGCAAGGUUAAGAAGGCAACAAGAGAUAGAAGCCGCGGGUUUAGAAAAUCCGGCGCUAAUGUCAGAAUUGCGAGCUUUGAGGCAGCGAAAGGACGAACUAGAAACGCAUCUAGCGACCUUGCAAGAUUCCAGAAGACAAUUAAUGGUGCAGCUGGAAGGUUUAAUGAAAAUGCUAAAGAAUCAUCAGGCAUCUCCACGAUCAACACCAAACAGUUCGCCACGAAGUACGAAGUCACCGCCUUUGCCACCUGGUGCAAUACCGAGCAGCAGAUCAGCACCACCGACUCCGGGCGGGCCUUUGUCUACACCUCAACAACAACAGCAGCAACAGCAACAGCAGCAACAUCAGCAAAUACAGCAGCAGCAAAUGUCGCAACAAAUGUCUCAGAGCUAUCAAAAUCCCAUACCGACAACAACAGUGGCUAACGUGCAAGGCAACGCUAUGCUCGGCACGAUACAGAACCCCAUUCCAGAUAGCUUGUCGUGUGUUGGCGGCGAUGUAAGGUCUGCGUUCAGGACAAACAGCUUACCAGGGAGCGGUUCCAGCAGUGCCAAUAAUAGUUUGGGCCGAUCCUUAAGAAACGACUUACUGGUAGCUGCCGACAGCGUUACUAAUGCCAUGUCAACGCUUGUGAGGGAAUUAAAUUCAGACGUGUUGUGGAAUGUGUGUGAUGCACCCCCCGUGAAUGUGUCCUGGUGGCUUGCAGACUCAGACCAGGAGGACCAUUCUCACAACUCGGGACUAAUGAACAUCAGAAAACCGUUAGACUUUGAAGCUGGCGAGGAUGGCGAUGAUAGUAGCGGCGGUGGAAAUUCCUGGCGAGAGGAACUGCAACGACGUUAUCAGCAAGAGAAUGACUUUUUGGCAGAAUUGAGAUCUCGUAACAGCAUACCGCAAACACCAUCGGCUACGUUGUCCAGCGAACAGGAGCAGGAGAGAGGCGAGAGAGAAGAGGCGGACGGUGAGAAAGAAGAUGAAGAUGAAGCCAAUUGGGCGGAAGCGGUGAAGAGAUGGGUCAAUCGAUAAACUGAUCCAACAAGAAAUAUUACAGAUGUUAGGAGAAAAUAUAAGUUAAGGAAUACAGUGAAGAAAAGUGAGCGAUUGAAUACACAUACAUACACAUACACACUGUGGACUAAUACUUUGACAUUAGUAUACAAUAUAAUCUUAGGGAGAAUUGGAUGUUGUGCGAUUUUUCGAAAAUCUAUGCAUUUUGUAAGGCGGUACUUGUAGUCGAAAGACGAUGCAAAAAUCGACGAACGAAUUAUACGAAAGUCAUGAAGAUUUUCAUGUAUACGAAACCAAGUACCAACCGUUAUUCAUUUUUAGAAUGGCAUUUGUAUCGCGAGCAUACAAUGAUUUUGCUACUCUGUUUAUUUGCAAUUUGUAAUAAGAGUUUGUUAAAUAU